AGAACUCUGAGGGUGAAAAGAUUGGAUGAGAAAAGUGGAAAGGACUUGAGCUGAGAGGUUCCUUUUUAGGAAAGGGCCCACCUCAUCUCCUCGUACCCACCUUCGUGCACGCGCUCAUCAUAUCAGAAAUGUCUGAAGACGUAGUAAUGCAAGAUACUGACAUUGACCAACAACCACCUUCAAAGAAAUUAAAAUCUUCCUCAAAUUCUUCAUCAAAACCUGCUUCUACAAUAAAACCAAAAUCAAAAGCACAACGUCCUCGUUCUCCUUCUCCAACUCCGCCCCCUCCUCCGCCACCCCCUCUACAAACUAUCAGACUACAAAUAAAUCUAGGAGGUCCAGAUAAUUAUGAAGUCGAUAUUGCUACUUUGGCAAAAACAACAGGUCAACGUCAACCAACUCCACCUCCUCCAAAAGCAGACACAUCAGACUCCGAAGGUGAAGACGACGGCGAACCGAAAAAGAAAAAGAAAAAGCAUGCUACUUCAGAGUACUACGACGUCAACGACCCAUUCAUUGACGACUCCGAGUUGAACAUCGAUAAUCGCACUCAUUUUGCUCAGACAAAGCAACAGGGCUUUUACGUCUCUAGUGGAGAAGUUGCUCUUAUGAAAGAUAGCAGGACGCCCAAGAAACCUAAAUCGAAAAAGGUUCUUGCUGACGGUGGUGCGACUGCUGGACCUAGCAAGACUGUUGCUAAGGAAGAAGGGACAAAGGAACAUCCUAUCAGUUUAUUAGGUGAAGACAAAUCCAAUAAGAAACGCAAGAACUAUACAGUCAUAGAGGAUAACGGGAAGAAGAGGAAAGUCGUCGAUCUCCGCGACUUUCAUCCUGAACUUCAAUUAGCCAUCGAAGACUUGAAGACUGCCAUCUCCAAAGAAUCAUGGGACGUCAAGGGCAAGUUCCCACCCUCUAUCAAACCCAUACUCGCAGACGUCGCGUUGAAAGCUGUCAACCUCGGCGAAUACGAUGAAGACUUUUUCAAUCUUAUGCCGGUGCUGUUUCCUUAUAACCGCUUUACUAUGACUAAACUCAUCAAACGCACUAUAUUCGCAGACCACCUCAAGAUCCUGACAGAUAGACAGGACGAGCUGCUUCAGCAGCUUGCAGGGCUUACGAAAGACGGGUUUUCGAAAGCGCAGGAGGAGUGGGAGAAGAGUGUUGUUGCUUGGGAACGCCGCAAGGAAAAGGCCAAGAACGAAACCGAAGCAGGCGCAGCAUCAGCCUCGACGCCCAGUGCAAGCGCAGACGCCGCACACCAUGACGACGGCACAGGGAGCGGUGUCGAUGGUGACAACGUCCGUGCCGAUGGAGACAGAACCCUUGCCGACGGCACCGGUACAGACGGUGGAGCCGGUGCAGGCACAGACGGCGGAGGACCAGGCGCAGACGAUAAUGCCCCAGGAACAAACAAAGUAGACGGAACGCGAGACGCACAUCCCCCUGCGCAGAAAUACCGAUUGACGGAGGCGAUGAAGGUGAUUGUGUGGCAGCUUGUGAUGCUUAGUAAUGAAUGUUGUAGGCUUGAGAAUGAGAAGAAUGAAUUAGAUGGGAGUAAUGCGCUUGUUAGCGAACAGGGGUCGAGAAAGAUUUUGUAUCAGAAGAUCGUAGCGGCGUUCCCCAGUGGAUGGUUGAAUUCCGGUCAGUUAUCACGAGAAGUGAGCUCCCUAAAGAAGAAAUACGAGAAAGAGACAAUGGAGCAAGAGAGCUGAGCUGAAGACGGAUUCUCUCGUUUAUUUUAUUCGGUCAUAUCAUCUUUCAGUUAUGAAGGGCGUACGUCUGUUUUGUCUGUGGUUGGUAUAUAUUAUUAUUCGUCUCGCUGAUUUUCGUCCCUGCUUAUUUUGAUCUCUCCCCCCUACUUUGCUUCGAUCCUUACUUGACAUUUGCUCCUGGUUUGGUUGGCUUGUCCCCCUCGAAGUACUUAGCUUAAGCUCUUACUAUUUACAACAUUAUCCUCAUUUAUUGUUUUUGCGCUUUGUGCCUGCCGUGGAGGUU